CUGGUCGCCGGAAGCUGAUCUUCUCCUUCCGGGUCGGGGCCAUGGCGGUGGCAAAUUCAAGUCCAGUCAAUCCGGUGGUCUUCUUUGAUGUCAGCAUUGGCGGCCAGGAAGUUGGUCGCAUGAAGAUCGAGCUGUUUGCAGACGUGGUGCCUAAGACGGCGGAGAACUUUAGGCAGUUCUGCACUGGAGAGUUCAGGAAAGAUGGUGUUCCGAUCGGGUACAAAGGAAGCACCUUCCAUAGGGUCAUAAAGGAUUUCAUGAUUCAGGGUGGAGAUUUUGUUAAUGGAGAUGGUACUGGAGUCGCUAGCAUUUACCGCGGUCCAUUUGCAGAUGAAAAUUUUAAACUUAGACACUCGGCUCCAGGCCUGCUUUCCAUGGCAAACAGUGGUCCCAGUACAAACGGCUGCCAGUUCUUUAUCACAUGUUCUAAGUGUGAUUGGCUGGAUGGAAAGCACGUAGUGUUUGGAAAAAUCAUUGAUGGACUUCUGGUGAUGAGAAAAAUCGAGAAUGUUCCCACGGGCCCUAACAAUAAGCCCAAACUGCCAGUGGUAAUCUCCCAGUGUGGGGAAAUGUAAUCUAGACCAAGACUGAACCAGGUAACAAUGAAGGUUAAAGGACAACUUUUUAAAGUCUGUUCUCUUCUACCCCGUGGUCCCUGGGAUCAAACUGAGACUCAGCAGCAAGGGUCUUAACGCUCUGGCUCAUCUCAUUGGCCUGGAGUCUUGUUUGUCUGUUUGUUUAAAUAUUUAUUUAUUAUGUAUAUAGUGUUCUGCCUGCAUGUAUCCCUGCAGGCCAGAAGAGGGCACCAGAUCUCAUUACAGAUGGUUGUGAGCUGCCAUGUGGUUGAUGGGACUUGAACUCAGGACCUCUGGAAGAGUAGCCAGUACCCUUAACCUCUGAGCCAUCUCUUCAGCCCUCUUUUGUUUCGUUUGUUUUUGUUUUUCGAUAUAGGGUUUCUCUGUGUAACUUUGGAGCCUGUCCUGGAACUUAACUGUAGACCAGGCUGACCUUGAACUCAGAGAUCUACCUCUGCCUCCUGAGUGCUGGGAUUAAAAUAAAGGUGUACAUCACCACCGUGUGACUUUUAUUUAAUUUUUUUGGGGGGGCGGGGGGAACGACAGGGUUUCUCUGUAAUAGCCUUGACUGCCCUAGAACUAGCUCUUGUAGACCAUGCUGUCCUUGAAUUUACAGAGAUCCUCCUACCUCUGCCUUCUGAGUGCUGGGAUUAAAGAUGUUGUGCCACCACCACCUGGUUGAGGUAUAGCCUAGGCUGACCUCAAACUCGGGAUCCUCCUGCCUCUACCUCCUUCAUCUAAUCCUACCGGCAUGUGCCACCACAACUGGCUUGUUUUAUUUUUGAGACAGGGUCUUACCAUCUCACCUUGCCUGGCCUGUCUGCAAUCACAGAAAUGCCCUGUCUCUGCCUCCUGAGUGCUGGGAUGAAAGACACGCUCCACCAUGGCAGGCAGUCUCUUAUUUUUUUUUUUUUAAAUAUUUAUUUAUUAUGUAUACAAUAUUUUAUCUGUGUGUAUGCCUGUAGUCCAGAAGAGGGCACCCGACCUCAUUACAGAUGGUUGUGAGCCACCAUGUGGUUGCUGGGAAUUGAACUCAGGACCUUCAGAAGAGCAGUCAGUGCUCUUAACCGCUGAGCCAUCUCUCCAGCCCCAGUCUCUUAUUUUUUAAGUAGAGAUCAGUUAGAUACCAAAAAACCUCAGUGACUGUAUCCACAUCAUCUGUGACGUGCUUGUGGUCAGAGCAUCUGGAAUUUACAGACUUUCGGUAACACUCCACGAGGCAGUAAAGGAAGACCAAGCACUUUAGGGAGGGCUAGAGUGAGCAGUGCUGGGCCGGAAUGCACAGGUACUCACUGGGAGCUACAGGUGGGCCUUUUUGCCUGGGCAAAUGCUUCUCUCUCAGGCUGAGUAAACACCAUGAACCUUUCUCUCCCCAUUUCAGGAGCUACUGGCUAUCUCUCCUGGUUUCUCUCAUUUCUUUGAUGUCUAUUGUUAAUGAUGAGAUUUCUGAUCACUGCUAGAUGAUAGAAGAUUACAAAAAAAAAGACUGAAAAACAUUAAGAAAUAUAAAGCCUACCUAAAACUUUAGCUCUCUCUAAAACUGCCUGCUUUCACCCUGUGAGGGUUAUGCUUUACAGUGAUCUCUUUGGCCAGUGCCACUCAUGCCAUGAGGGUGCCCCAUUUUGCUUUAUAAUAAACUCUCUUCCAUACACAUACAAAAGAUAAAAUUUAAUGCCGGGCAGUGGUGGCACACACCUUUAAUCCCAGCACUCGAGAGACAGAGGCAGGCGGAUCUCUGUGAGUUCAAGGCCAGCCUGGUCUACAGGUUGGGUAGUGGUGCAUGCUUUUAAUCUCAACACUCUGUCUGGGGGUAGGGGUUAUUCAGAAAUUUUUUUUUUUUUUUUUUGGAACGGGGUUUCAAGACAGGGUUUCUCUGUGUUGCCCAGGCUUUCCUGGAAAUCACACUGUAGACCAUGCUGGCCUUGAACUCUACUUCCUGAGUGCUGGAAUUAAAGGAGUGCACCACCACCACCCGGCUCAGGAAUUGAUUAUCUUAGGGGCACUGGGAUUGUAGUUUAGUGACGGGGUCCUUGCUUGACAACAAGAUUCACUGCCCGGGACUGGAGAGAUGGCUCAGCGGUUAAGAACUCUGACUGUUCUUACAGAGGACCCGGGUUCAGUUGCCACAUGGCAGCUCACAAUUGUCUGAAAAUCUAGUUCCAGGGGAUCUGACACCUUUGCAACAAUUCACAUAAAGUUAAAUAAGUCAUAAAAAAUUAUUCUUGCCGGGCGUUGGUGGCGCACGCCUUUAAUCCCAGCACUCGGGAGGCAGAGGCAGGCGAAUCUCUGUGAGUUCAAGUCCAGCCUGGUCUACAAGAGCUAGUUCCAGGACAGGCUCCAAAACCACAGAGAAACCCUGUCUCGAAAAACCAAAAAAAAAAAAAAAAAAAAAUAAGAUUUGGACCUUGAGAUUUCAGUCCGGUGCUCCAAUGUGGGUCUUUGUCUCUGUCUCCUUUCAUCGCCUAAAUGUUUUUCUUUGGGUUCACCUUCUUAAUUAGCUUCUCUAGGAUCACGCAUAAUAGGCUCAACGUCCCCUAUUCAUGGUUAGAAACCAAAUAUGAGUGAGUACAUCCCAUGUUCCAAUGGCAAUGGGUUUUUGAUCCUACUGCACGUACUGGCUUUGUGGGAGCCUAGGCAGUUUGGAUGCUCACCUUACUAGA